CCGAUGCAUGCCGAAUGUUGAUGACGGUCGAAGUCGAACUUGAGUCGAAUGCAUACAGGAAGGAGCUAGGGGAGUCGUGGUUCUUGGGUUAUGAUUGCGUCGCGUUUUGGUGAUUGUUAAGUUGGUUGGUUGAAGUAUCUCUUUGGUUGUUUUAAAUAUUAUUAAACGGUAGUAAACAGUACUCAUUUAACUCUCUAAAGUACUUCUAAAGCCGUUAAUAUCGUGGAUUAGUGGGGCGUUUCUUCGGUUGUGAGUAAAACGAGACUUCACCGAUAAUAAAUCACGUUUACAAAAAGUUAUAAUUCAUUAAAAUUAUUUUAAAUCUGUUAAAAGUUGUGAAUUGUAUAUCCCGCGAAUGAUAUAAAGGAUGGUAAGGUGUUUUCAUCGCGUGUUCGUUACAUUUAUAUACACACCCGUGAAUUUGUGUUGAAGCCGAUGAGGUGUGUGAAGUUUAGUGUAUGAUUGUUUUAUUGAUGGGCGGAUUGUUGCAAGCGGCUACAGCGGCACUGUGGCCGCAAAGGCGGAUACCAGUUUCCUGGACGGUCUACAGUAAAAUCCGCCACACUGGAACUAAUGGAAUUGGAAAACAUCGUAGCCAACACUGUUUACUUGAAAGCCAGAGAGGGUGGUUCCGAUAGCAACAAAGGCAAGAGUAAGAAGUGGCGGAAGAUCCUGCAGUUUCCUCACAUAUCGCAAUGCUUAGAUAUAAAGACAAGAAUAGAUGUUAACUACGACUACGUGGUCGAUCAGCAGCCGAUCGGCAAGCUGCUGUUCCGGCAGUUCUGCGAGAAGAACCGACCCCACUACCACAAAUACAACAGUUUUUUAGAUGCGGCGGAUAAUUAUGAGGUGGAGGUGGACGAGAACCGCGGGGCACUGGCUGCCGAGGUGUUCGGACGAUACUUGAAGACUGACGACGGCGAGGCAGUCACCGACGUGGUCUCCGCAAAUGUCGUUGAGGAUGCCAGCUCACUGCUCGAAGGCGGCGCAAAAGACAUCUUCAGCGAGUGCGUGCGAUGUGUCAAGAGUUUCCUGGCCGGCACGCCGUUUGCGGAGUUCGAGCGGUCCAUGUACUUCCAUCGCUACCUGCAGUGGAAGUGGCUGGAGGCUCAGCCCGUCACCCAGCACACCUUCCGCAUGUACCGCGUGCUGGGCAAGGGCGGCUUCGGCGAGGUCUGCGCCUGUCAGGUCCGAGCAACGGGUAAGAUGUACGCCUGCAAGAAGCUAGAGAAGAAGCGAAUAAAGAAGCGUAAGGGCGAGGCGAUGGUGCUGAUCGAGAAGCAGAUCCUGCAGCGGAUCAACUCCCGCUUUGUGGUCAACCUGGCGUACGCUUACGAGACUAAGGACGCGCUGUGUCUAGUUCUCACUAUUAUGAAUGGUGGUGACCUUAAGUUCCACAUAUACAACAUGUGCGGGGCGGAGAGUGGACUGGGGCUAGAGCGGGCCAGGUUCUACGCGGCCCAGGUUGCAUGUGGCCUCGAGCACUUACACAAGAUGGGCAUCGUGUACAGAGACUGCAAGCCGGAGAACAUCCUGCUCGAUGACGCGGGCCACGUGCGUAUCUCAGACCUGGGGCUAGCUGUGGACGUGCCCGAGAACGGCACCGUGCGAGGCCGCGUCGGCACCGUGGGCUACAUGGCACCAGAGGUGAUAGACAACGAGCGGUACACUUUUAGCCCGGACUGGUUCUCUUUCGGGUGCCUCGUGUACGAGAUGAUCGAGGGUCGCGCCCCCUUCCGUGCCAGGAAGGAAAAGGUGAAGCGGGAAGAGGUGGACAGGAGAGUCAAGCACGAGAGCGAGAAGUACUCGUCCAAGUUCAGCGAGUGCUCCGUGUCGCUCUGCGCGGCGCUGCUCAACAAGAGCCCCGCGUCUCGACUCGGCGGCGGUGGCCGGGGCGGCGCCCGGCUGGUCAAGGCCCACCGGUUCUUCGCGCGGCUCAACUGGGCGCGCCUCGAGGCCGGCAUGGUGCGGGCGCCCUUCGUGCCCGACCCUCACGCCGUGUACGCCAAAGACGUGCUCGACAUCGAACAGUUCUCUACGGUGAAGGGCGUGAACCUGGACGCGGGAGACGACACCUUCUAUGGCAAGUUCAACACGGGCUCCGUGUCCAUACCUUGGCAGGCGGAGAUGAUCGACACCGGCUGCUACGCGGAACUAAACCAGUUCACCACAGAUGAGAACGGCAUCGAGACUCGAACCUCUGAUCUGCAGAUAGUAGCAGACACUGAGACACAGGAGGAGGAAACUGGGUGCUUUAUUUUUGCACGAAAGGUGCUAUGUCCGCAAAAGAAGAUCCCGGCCCGGUUACGCCAGGUCCCCGUUCCAGAUCACUUACUACAGCCCUCUUCGCCCCCGCCGGAAUCACUUUCGCCCCCCAACGAACAAGUAACGCCCCCCAUCGAAUCAAUAAUAACCCCACUUGAAUCAGAUACAGCCCUCGUUGAGUCUAUCACAUCUCCUCUGGAUUCAGACACAGCCCCCCUCCAAGUCAAGUCCCUGUACGACGCAAUAAAACCCCAAUAUGACUCAAUAAAGCCCACCUUUGAAUCAAUCAAUCCCGCGUUUGAUGCAAUCAAGCGCCCCCACGAGUCAGUGAAGCCCCCCAUUGAAUCAACGCUCAAUAACAAGCACACGCCAGCUUUCAGCUGACCGACAAGCCGAACGUAACAUGUAGAAAUCAAUCUACAGCGAACAACAUAAGAUGAUAUAAACCACAUGUUGGUUUGGACAUGAUGUAUCAUCCAUUUCUAUCUUCGCUUUCUGCGAUCACCUCUGAUUAAAUACUAUUUUUGUCUUGGUCAGUUGUUCAGAAUAUAGGAAGCUAGCGAAUUUAUUUUGUCAUUUUCCUGUUACGCCAUUUUGUAAUCUAGAUGUAUUAUUAAACAGGGCUACUAUGAGCUACCAGCGGAAAUUAAAUGUAAUUAAUUGCCUGUAGUCGAAUUAUGAAUCCGUAUUGUAAUCUAUAUCAAAUUACACGACUUAAAAAUUAAAUGAAAUUUGCGCACACGAAGCUUGAACACCACGUGGUUAUAAGGCUUCAGAAAAUAAUCCGGGAUGAGUAAAAGGUUAGAACAAUCAUGAACAAUUUAGCCAUUAAGGUAUACUUUUAAUAUAUUUUAUUUUCGACUUGCGAAUUUAAAUGAUGAAGUUAAAUUUAUUAAUUAUUUGUUAAGAGUCCAUUUUUCGUCGCAUUUGAUAUUAUUAAUCGAUAGAUAUUUAAAUAUAAAACGUUUUUUAAUAUUGAAAGGUGGACUGUUAUUUGAUAUUGUAUAUUUUUUAAAUCGUUCUCUUUAUGGUAUUUGUAAAAGCUUUUUUGGUACGACUGUGUGAGUGAUAAUUCGAGUGUUUUGUUUUGGGACACGCGAUUGUCGACUUUAUGUCUACUGUUUUAGGGAAAAAUGUAGUGUUUAUACUGUUACUAUUUUCUGUUUAUAAUUUUAGUCGUAUACCCUAUCUUUUAAAGUUGACAAUUGAAUGUCUAACUAACGGCACGUUAUGAUGGCCGAUUCAUGUUUGUCCGUUAGUGAAAUUCCCUAAAAAUUAUUAACUAUAUUUUAAAUAAUAAUUGUUUUAUUUAAAAAAAAAACAGUUGUCAUAAUGUGCGAAUAUAGAGAGUAAUGUAAAUGCAUUUAGUCGCUUUUGAAAUGAAUUAACGGGUAGGUAGUUAGCGUAUUGCGGUGGAAGUUUCUUCGAGCACAGACUAAUCGUUGUCAACGGAGAAGGUGACGACACAGAGUAGUGAACGUAACGUAAGUACAAUGCAAUUUCUAAAUGUUUUGCCAAUUUUAUAUAACUCGAGCAAUAAGUAGAAUCGAAUUAGUUGAUUCGAUAGAUCGAUGUUUCCUGCGGUAACGACAACUUGAUGUUUUUAUAUGAAUUCGUAUUCGAUCAUCGUGAAUGUGUGAAAACGCUUUGAAUAUUUUUUAAAAGUAAGUAUUUAUUCGAAUCGAUAAUUUAAAUGUAACAUAUUAUUGUUAUUACAUUUGUACAUUAGUAUUCUGAGCGUUUGUGAAUAAAUAAGAAGUACAACUUGCUUUUUCAAGCCAAUAUAGUAACAUUUUUAUUUUAAAUCAAAUGGGGUUUGCUGAAUUUGCAAAAAUUCUGACGGUUUUCAAAACAAAAACAUUCUUAUAGUCGACCCUGAACCCGUCGAUGGCAUUAUGAACUCAAUUAAAAUGUAAUUUUUUAUCGUUUUUCUACGACUUAAACUUUUCGUGUACACAGAAAUGAAUAUGGCAGAUUUAUUUUGUUUACUAUUAUGGUUUAAUAUACCAUAAUUAAUUAUGGCACCCAUGAGGAAUAUCUUUCCAAAUUUUUAUGUGUGCAGUACUUCAGUAUAACGUAAUCCGAACGAUAUGUCUUGCUUACUUUUGUCGAUUGUAUUUAAACGAAAUAAGCACUGGAACCUGCGCACGCCUAUUAACAAUUUCUGCGUUUAUAGAGACACCGCUCAAGAUUCAUGAUAGAUAAUGAUAUACAUACCUAACUAACAAUUUUAACUGGCGAUGCAGUGAACACAUCUGAUUGGUUAAGUGGCAUAUUACCCAUUUACCCACCAACGUUAACAGACUUCUACUAUGUAAAGCACAAAUAUCUACAAUUUGAUCAAUUAGCAAAUAAGGUAUUUAUUAUUAAUAAUUUUAUAUCAAAUUGCAACCAUAGUCUGUAGUGCACAAGUGUCUAUGUAAUAUAACUAUUUUGUCGCUGGAAAUUUUUUGAAUAUUCUUUUAUUAUUAUAUAAGAAAAUAGCAUCCCAUUCCGCGUGUUUUGUAUUCGUAUAUUUAAUAAUUUCAUUUAUUUUGUUAUUUCAAGACAAAGUGUUUUUUAAAAUGGCGUCAGGUUUUCAACAUGGCGGCCCAAUCUGUCACAGUGAUACAAUAAAAGAAAACACUUGUUUGUAUAUAAUAUUUUCAAUGCAUUUUAUAGAAUUAGUUUAACUCGAUAUAACGAAAUUGAUAUUUCUGACUCGGUUUGAAAAAAUCUAACACCGAUGACAUCUAACAAAUCAAAAAGCAAUUCACAAAAUGAAAGCAUAAUUAAAAUCCUAUGCAUUUAAUACUAUUUACGCUUUAAGAAUUUAUCUUUAUAGGUAUCUUAUUGAAAUAUGCGACUACCCAAAUAAUAACUAUACAGGGUUCUACACAUUGAUGUGAAAUAAUGGAGCCACUUGCAUAACUUAUAGAUUUCGAACUCGGGUUUGUAUCAUUUAAAAAGUUUGUGGCGAUAUUUUUUUGGAACUACGCUCCACUCGUAGGAGAAGAAGGACCGAUAUUUUAGUUUUUCAGUCUUAUCUUAACACAACGCAUUGACAUCCAAUAAGAUAAGAGUAGAAGUUAGCUUUCGAAAAGGCACAACGAUAUUAUCUAAUAUUAUAAAGAUGAAAAACUUUCUUACUUGUUUUAACGCGUUUAUCUUUGAAUCUAGCAAUCUAGCAGGUGGAUUUGAUGUAAAAAAUUACAACCCGUGUCUACAAACACUUACUUAUUCGAUAAAUAGCACAACCAUACGUUAUGACUAAACACACAUUUGGUAGGCUGUUACUUGCCAACAAAUCCACGCUGUACAGAUUUAUCAAUUUCGUUAUAAAUAGUUUAUAAUAUCUUCUCCAAUAGUAUGAAGUUGCAGAAUUAAGGCUGAGGUAUACCUCUGUUAUUUACAAUGUCGACGAACAGUCGGACACAAGAACUAGAUGUAGUCAUUAUUUAUAGUCUUGUUGGGCUCAAACUUUCCGAAUACAAAACCUACCGGACUAUAAUAAACUUUUAAGAUAUUGUAUCUUCUGAAGACUUGUCUGUUAUAUAUAAUUUAGUUGUAUCAUUUUGUCAAUCUUGCUUUAUAUAUUUAUAAGUUUUACUCAGCAAUAAUUAUUAUUGAUAACAUGCCCUUUGGCUUAGACUGUACCUUUAAAAUUUUUCGAAAUAUACUAAACUAAAUUCUCUGACAGACGUUAAGUUACUUGUUGGCGAUUCUUUUCUGAAAUUGGGUAUAUAAAACCCCCGCACGUUAAAAAGGGACGGAACCUUAUCAUAUUAAGAUUAUCGGCGGCACUUUUCAUUAGCCAAACCAGCCGUGGAAAAAUCUAAAUCUAAGGUUUAAUUUAUUUUCAAUAUGAGUGUGUUAAGAAAUCUUUAAAUUUAAUUUUAAUUACCUACUGAAAACUAUUAUUUACAACUUUUGUUACGGAAAGUUUGUAUAUACAAUAUCGUUCCUAGGUCUGUUCUAUUGGGGCCCGCUCGGAAAUUUUUAUUGAUAGUAAUUUUUUUAGUGACAUUGGAGAUUUUGUCCAUUAGUAUGUAUUUGAAAACGUCUCUGAAGUUAUGAGUAAUCAUGAAUUAUGAUGAAUUAUCUUUGUGUGGGUGCAUUAUUUUACUAAUUUCCUCGAUUACCAGAUAUGAAAAAAAAUCAUAUUACAAAAUUAAAAGCAGUGACUAAUUUACGCACACAUAAACUUUACUUUUGUGACUAACAAAAAACACUUCUAGCGUUGCAAAGGAGUCACUCGUUCCCUAAGGCUCAAAUUAAACAGGUUAUUUUAUUUCUACGGCAACUUAGCAGAAUUAGUCUUAGCAAAGACGGGUCGCAACUCGUAUACGCUAAUAUAUCGUGAGUUUUAAGCCCGGCGCCCUCUAGCGUCAAGUAAGUGUUUCAAUAUAUCGAUACCUCAGUCCCAAAGUGUAACGAGUCUGAAAUUCAAUAAAUUUAAGAUAAGGUAUGGGUAAUUGUUCCAUAAACGAUAACCCACUAGUUAUAAUAAUAACUAAAUUCAUAACAUUAAUUUAUUCAUAAGUCUAGAAUAUUUUCGUUUCAUUUUGAAAUCUUUUUUUGAAUUGUUACUCUUUGGAAUUUAAGUAUCGAUAGUAUCGACAAAGAAAUAGUUAGUAUAAAACUCCAACUGACGUCAGAUGGCGCUUGUCUACAUUUAACAAUUACCAAGCGAGCCCUCGCGAAUAAUAACACCUAUUUGUGAUUCAUGUUCUAAAUGAAUAUUUUGCAAUAUUUUCACCGAAUUGAUUUAUUAAUCUAGAUUUUCUUACAUAUAAUGCGUGUAACGAGAUAUUCUGAUUUAGUGUUGCUGUGGUUAUAUACGCAUUGGCGUUGACAUCAAUGUGUCAAUUCUGUUAAACGCGUGUGUCAUUUGUCGUUGAGUUUCAUUCAGCCGUUUUGGCGUGAUAGAAUAAAUAAUAAUCAUCAAAACGCACAAAAUUUCAUGUAUAAUGUUAAUAUUAUUUUGUACAAUAAACUUUCGCUUAUAAUGACAAAAUAAGGCCAGUGUGAACUGUUUGUUUUAUUUUUUAGUAAGCAGAACAAAAGUAUUAGGUAGUUAUCCUCACUAAGUAAUUUAAUUGUGUUGAAUGGUGUUUUGCAAAAUUUCAUCGUAAAUACGUAUCUCGAAUAUUAUCGGAAUGUGUUUAGAUGACAUAGACUAAUUAAAAUAACAAGUGGGAAUAUUUAAAUAAUCGCGUGCAAUUUGAACUGUGUUUUUACAUUAGAUUUUGCGUAAAAAAAAUAAUACUAAAAACCUUAGAUCAUUUAUACGUCUAGAUAGACUAUGACAGCUGUGAAAACGUCGAAAAAAAUUAAUUUUGAACUACCCUAUUUUGAGGAAUGCACUCACACUGACACAAUUUGUCAUACAAAUAGCGAGUGUAAGACGAAGCUUGUCACGCACAGUGAAGUAUUAUUUCUGGCCUGUUUUUAUCGGUUGUCUAACAGCAAGAGAUUAUCUAGAUGUAUUAAUAAUCUAAGAUAAAUAUGUAACUUUUAAGCAAAAUCAAAUGUAAAACACAGAUACAAUUACACGCGUUUUAUUACUUUAAAAAGUAUUUUAUUUAAAAAUGUGUAACACUCGCGGUAAUCAAAGAAAAUACUAAGAUAGAAUAUUAGCCGCAGCUGUCAAACAAUCGAACUGAGGCAAAAAGUUAAAGUAACCAUCUUUCAUAUAAAUUUAAAUAAAAAACAUAAGUAUUUUUGAUGUUUUUCUUUUGCUGCGAUUCAAAGACUCUUGCCUGCUAGCGUCGUUCUGUCUGUCGGUUGCGUAUUUUAUAUAUUUUACAAUCUUUGGGAAAGUUACAGCUUGCGACUUGGUGUGUAAGAAGAUCUUAUGGUACGGAGGGCAUUUAUUAGUUACCGCUGAUAUACAAUAGAUAUUAUGAAUAUUUAAUUUGUUAGUAUUAUUAUUAUUUUAUUAUUAUAUUUAUUCACACACACACACACACACACACACAGUAUGACCCCGUCGGGGUAAGCAGAGACAAUAGAAUAGGAAUGCUUCUAUCCUUACAAACCUUAUGUUUGUAAUUGUUAUAUAACAUGCUAAUCUAAUAUACAUAAUUCUUUUAUACCUAAACGAACGUAUAUCUAGACGCACAUAUAUGUUCAAUAAAAACUAACAUUUAUCGAAUACUAUUUUGCUCAUACAUAUAUUCUACAUUAUGUUAUUUUGUCGUACAACAUCCAUUAGAUCGCGUGAUUGAUAUUUUUUAAUAUCUGUAAGUUAACGAUGAGGAAAUUUUGCACCAAUGGAAUUGGUUGUACGUCUGUGUAGGUUUUGAGCGGUGAGUUUAUUUAGUGCGCAGAUCUUCAGUAGCGACUGCGCUUGUACGUUGGGUGUUAGUUGCCCAGUCAGCUGUCUCCUGCGUAAUAAUGAUACCAAUCAAGGACCGUGAACUAUACGUUACAAUAUUCAAUUUACAAUUUUGUCAAUUAAAUCCGUUACACGCGUAUUACCUGGGUCAUAUCAAUGAGGCAUUUCCACCGAGGGCCUUAUUCAUAGAUGUUUCAACGUUUCUUAAAUAUUUUUUUAACAAUAAUAGGUAUUUCGGAAAUUACAUAUUAUUAUAACACUAAUCUAAGGUAGCCAGCGGUCAACAAAUCCCUAAUCGCUUAAUAUAUUUUCACAGUUACAAAUGUUAAUAUUUAGAAGAACAAACACUUUUUUUUAAUUCUGAAUAAUGUUGUAGUUGAUGUAUUCUAACUUGCAUGGUCGUUAAUAUAAUAUAAUUUCAAAGUUAAUUCAGACGUUCGAUUCGUCCCGAAGUUGCUGCGAAUAGGUAGAAUGGGUCUUAGAGUGACGUAUGAGAAAUUGCCCAAAUAGAUACGCGUGGCAACUUUAGACCGAACAUAUAGACUUAAAUAAAACACUUUUUAAAGGAUUAAAACGCGUAUAAGUAAUUAUAAAUGCGUUUUUACAUUAGUUGUUGCGUAAAUUAUUAUUUUAUUUAUUUAUUACUAUUAUUAUUAUUUUAGCUAACCGGACCUUUGUGACCUUUCAGAGCACAUUUUCCUAAAAUGCAAAAUCGAAUGUAAAAACACAUUUAAAGUAAUACCAACUUAUCUGUGAAGUGGCAAAAAUAAGAACUCUGGUCGCCAUGUUGUGUGUCAAAUGUCAUUCGACUGUCAGUGUCUACUGCUUUCGAGUGUUCCGUGGGUUUUAUUGCGAUUCUUCUGAAUUUUAAGCGUUAAAUAUGCCCCGACUUUUAUGCACAUUGGAAUUAAUUACCAACACUGAAACGACAAUGGCGACACCCAUCAGUUCACAGAUUAGUUGGUGACACUGUACAAGCGUUUAAUCCGUUAAAAAGAGUUUAAUUUAAAUGUGUAACACUCGCGUUAGUCAAACAAUAUUUGGCGAGGGGUUUAUCGUGUUUGUCUUCCGCUGAUGGUAGACUAUGUUUAAUCAGUAAUUAAAAUAUUAAAUUUUUUAUGUAACGUUUUGACAUUCUAUGAAUAGGGCCAUUUGGUGGUAGAAGAUAUUGUGUUAUUAACUAUAGGGGAGAUAAUUAUAAUUUGACGCGGUGUCUGUCAUUGCGAAUUUAUGAGAUAUAGCUUUAUAUGAAUAACUUAAUGUCAACAUUUUGCAAACUGGUCUACAUACAGGCAAUAACAUUAAAAAAAUAAUUAUGGCGUUUGUCAUAUUUUGGCCGUAGUAAAUAGUUUUGUAUUUCACCUUCAAAAUUGUAAAUUGAGUCAGGUUUUUUGGAUUUCUAUACAAAAUCUCGUCACUUGACAACACAUUUUGUUCUUUUAGCAAAAUAUUACACUUGUUAUUUUUUGAAGUGACCUUGCACAGUAAAAACCGCCAAGAUGUUCCUAUCCUACCUUUUGAAAUACUUCUCUUUCUUUCCAUCUCACGAAAUUAUACUCAGAAAUGUUUGCCCACGUGUAGCGCCGGCUUUGCGCCCAAUAUAAAGCAAUAUGAAGUACCCAAGUAUCGAUUGUAAAAUUAAUAAGUGACAGUGACAUUGACAGCUAGCAGUGACAGACGUGUGGCCCCUCGAUGUCAACUUUCUCGGUACUGUUUGUCGUUAUUGCAGUAUUUUGAUGCAAAUAUUAUUAUUUAGUAAGCGUAUAAAUAAAUUGACUCUGAUAUAGA